UUUCCUGCAGCAGGGCCGGCGUGUCUGUGGAUCUUUUACAGCAGCGGCUCUCCGUUCUCCUAGCUUGGUAAUAGUCGAACGAGAUGACGCGAGACCUGAUGUGUGACUGACGAUCCCUUGGCUACCCGAUGUAGACUAUUGAAACGAGCCUUCCUGUUUCGGUCUCACCUGAGACCGCAACUCCGUGCCACACGUCAGGGUCACCGUCCGUUGGCGUCAUAUCAUUCGGUGCCGAUCCGAUUCGAUCGUCGAGACGACGAAACGCACCGAUCAUGAGCAACGGCGUGCGAGCUUCCAAGCCGCUCGUCUCCGCAGCGUCGGCUGCGGCGCGAGCAGCGGCAGCUAGAACAGCAACCGCCGCUGCCGAUGGCCGACGCGGUGCCAGCUCCUUAAUCUCCGGGGUCUUUGCGCCUCCCGCUGAGGCGUCGCAUCUGUUCGGGAUCCCGAGGCGCGUGGCAAUAGCGACGAUUAGCUCCCUGUCGUGGUUCUAUAUGAACGUCCUUAAUCGGAUGGAGGUGACCAAUCGGCAGACGCUGCUGGAUCUGGUGCACUCGCGGCCGGCUGACACCCCGCUGAUCACCGUCAGCAACCACAUGGCGACCAUAGACGACCCGCUGCUGUGGGGCGGGGUGCCCGGGCUGCGGAUAUGGGACCCCAAGUUGUGCCGCUGGACGCUCACUGCCUCCGAAAUCUGCUUCAGGGGGGUGCUGGACUCAUACAUCUUCAGAAUCGGCAAGAGCAUCCCCAUAUCGCGCAACUUAGGAGUGUUCCAACAAGGCAUGGACGAGGCUCUGCUGCGAUUACACCAGGGUGAUUGGCUGCACAUCUUCCCCGAGGCGCGCAUCAUCCAGGAGCACGGCCCCUUGCCGCGCCUCAAGUGGGGCCUCGCCAGUCUGCUGGACCGCCUCUGCCCCUCGCUACCCCCGCCCAUCCUGCUGUGUGUGGGGCACAGCGGCCUUGAGCGGAUCAUCCCUCAGAACUACCGGGGCAGCAACAAGCGUCCACUGAUUCCACUGUGGAACCAGCGCGUGAGUGUGGUAGUGGGCGAACCCUUUUCCUUCGACAUCCCCUCGCUGCGCCAGCAAGCCAAAGAUGCUGCCCGCCUUGACGCCCUCUCAUCCGACCAUAGCAGCAGCAGCAGAACUGACAGCAGCAGCAGCAGCAGCAGCAGCAGCACCAGCAGCAGUAACAGAAGUGACAGCAGCACCAGCAGCAGCAGCAGUACAAGUAUGAGGGACAGUGAUGCGGCUGUGUCUCUUGAUCCCACGUGGCGGCAGCAGCUGCUGACGUUUGGCACUGACGCUCUGAUCCACUCACCCGAGGUGCUAACUCAGCGGCUACAGGAUCUGACGCAGCGAGGGUUACUAGCAGAAAGCGCGGGAGGAGGAGGGAGAACAGGGGAUGGGGAGAGACUAGAAGGGGGAGUAGGUGGAGCGGAAUCAGGAGAGAGGGAGUUGAGUGUGGAGGGGAGGGAGGAGGAGGCGGAGGCGUUGAGGAGGAGGAUUGAGAAUGUGAGGGCGGUGGGGAAUGAGGAGACGAGGAGGAUGUAUGCACAUAUGAUGGAUGAGGUGCGGCGGAGGCUGGAGGCAGUGGUGUUUGAGGCACAUGACAGGCAGCAGCGGAUGAAGUAGGGUGCAGGUGGGAGCCAGUGUUUGGUGAAACUGUGCAAAUAGUGCGUUUUAUGUGUGCGAUGUGAUGGAGGUACAGUGGGGACUUGAAGCCAUGGUGUUUGAGUCUAACGGCAGGCAGUAGUGGAUGAAGAAGGGUGUUGUGGCGGAGACUGGAAGCGGUGGUGUUUGAGGCGCAUGAUAGGCAGCAGCGGAUGAAGGAGGGUGCAGGCGGUGGAGGAGGGUGCAGGCGGCCACGUCUGUUGAGACGACUCAACGAAUGUGUGCGGUAUGAUCUGUGCACAGUCUGGACAUAUACUCAGUCUGUGUUUGAGGCUCCGCAGAGACUGGCAGGGACUGGCAGGCAGGUGAGGGGCAUAGUCAAGAGGGAACUAUUUCAUUCAAGCUUAGAUGGCAGGGCAUGGAGUGUAUGUGGGUAGUGGCACCUGCAAGCAGUGUGGUCGUUUUGGUGCCUGAACAUACCAGCUAGACACGGGUUCUGCGUUGGGGAACUGAGGUGGGAGGAGGGCGGGAUGGGAUGGGGGGAGCAUGUAGGGUAGCAUAGCAUGGGGUGAGGUAUCAACAUGAUGGGACUAAGUCACGAAACAUGUUGCAGUUGUUAAAUACUUGUUGUAUGGUACCAGUAAUAUCAACCAGUUUGCUACUUGG